AUGGCGGGCAGCGGCGAGGAGGGGCUGUACUCGCGGCAGCUGUACGUGCUGGGCGGCGGCGCGCGGCGGCUGGCCGGGGCGGCGGCGCUGGUGUCGGGGCUGCGCGGGACGGGAGCGCAGGUGGCGGCGGCGCUGGUGCUGGCGGGAACCGGGCGCGUCGUCCUGCACGAUCGCGGCACCGCCUGCACCGCCGACCGCGCCCACCAGUUCCUCCUCGGGGAGAGCGACGUGGGCCAGAACCGUGCCGAGGCGUCCCAGCGGGUCCUGGCCGAGCUGAACCCUCGCGUGGUGGUGGCAGCUUACACCAGGGAGCUGUCGGAGGCCUUCCUCGCCUCUUUCCAGGUGGUGGUGCUGACUGAGUCGUCGCUGGAGGAGCAGCUCCGCGUUGGGGAUUUCUGCCAUGCCCACGGCAUCUGUUUCAUCGUGGCCGACGCCAAGGGGCUGGCGGGGCAGCUGUUCUGUGACUUCGGGAAGCACUUCGUCGUUGACGACCCGGCAGAAGGGGACCCAGCGUGUGCCGCCGUGCAGCAUAUUUCCCAGGGCAACCCAGGCGUGGUGACGUGUGUGGGGGCAGAGGACAGCCGCAGCAACCUCUUCUGCGAUGGUGACCUGGUGACAUUUUCCGGCGUGGAGGGGAUGACGGAACUGAACGGCCAGGAGCCCGUCCCCGUGCGCGUGCUGGAUCCCUUCAGGCUGGAGAUAGGCGACACCAGCUCCUUCUCUCCCUAUCGCCGCGGGGGCCUGGUCUCGCAAGUGCGGCUGCCCCAGGUGCACUCCUAUGAGCCCCUGAGCCGGGCGCUGGCAGAGCCCCAGAUCCAGGUGGCGAGUCCCGAGGAGCUGCCACGCAGCCGCAGCCUGCACGCCGCCUUCCAGGCCCUGCACGCUUUCCGCAGGGAGCAGGGCCGCCUGCCCCGGCCCAGGGCACCGGGAGAUGCCGAGCGGGUGCUGGAGCUGGCGCGGAGCCUGGGGCCGCAGCAGGGUCCCCUGGACGAGGACGUCGUGCGAGCUUUCGCCAGCGUGAGCGCAGGGGACCUGUGCCCCGUGGCCGCCGUUGUCGGGGCCCUGGCGGCCCAGGAGGCACUGAAGGCCAUCACCAGGAAGUUCCUGCCCUUGGACCAGUGGUUGUAUUUCGACGCCCUGGAGUGCCUGGCGCUGGAGGGGGCCGCGAGGCUGACGGAGGAGGACUGUGCCCCUAGGGGCUCUCGCUACGAUGGCCAGAUCGCCGUCUUCGGGGCUGCCUUCCAGGAGCAACUGAGCCGCCAGAAGUACUUGGUGGUGGGAGCUGGUGCCAUUGGCUGUGAGCUGCUGAAAAACUUUGCCAUGAUGGGGCUGGCAGCGGGGCCAGGGGGGGACCUCACCGUCACCGACAUGGACACUGUCGCCCUCUCCAACCUCCAUCGGCAGCUCCUCUACCGCUCAGCAGAUAUAUCGAAGCCGAAGUCGGCAGUGGCCGCAGCAGCUGCGCGGCGCAUGAACCCCGACAUCAGGGUGACGGCUCACCAGAAUGAGGUGGGACCUGCCACCGAGCUGCUCUAUGGGGAUGACUUCUUUCGGCGCCUGGAUGGUGUCGUCAGUGCCCUGGACACGCUGGAGGCCCGUGCCUACUUGGAGAGCCGCUGCCUUCGCUGCCUCACGCCGCUGCUGGACUCAGGCACAGAGGGGCCACGGGGUAACGUGCUGGCUAUGGUGCCGCCCCUGACCAAGCCGCUGGGGCCGGCCGGUGCCCCCAGGGAUGGCACCUUCCCCCUCUGCACCCUGCGGCACUUCCCCCGCACCAUCCAGCACACGCUGCAGUGGGCCCGCGAUGAGUUUGAGGGGCUCUUCCAGCUGCCCGCAGAGCACGUCAACCGGUUCAUGGAAGACCCAGCUUUCCCAGAGCAGCUGCCGGCAGGGAAGGCCCUGGAGGUCCUGGAGCAAGUGCAGGGCAGCCUGCGGGAGCAGCCGCGGGACUGGCAGGACUGCGUGCGCUGGGCCCGCCGGCACUGGCAGAGCCGCUACCAUGAUGCCAUCGCCCAGCUGCUGCACACCUUCCCCCCGGAGCACGAAACCAGCCCGGGUGUCCCCUUUUGGGCAGGAGACAGGAGCUGUCCCCAUCCGCUGACCUUCGACCCCGACAAUGACACCCACCUGGAGUACAUCCUGGCUGCUGCCCACCUCUUUGCCCAAGCGCACAAGGUGCCACCACGCAGCGACCGGGCGGCUGCCCAGGCCAUCCUCCGCAGCAUGGUCCUGCCGCCCUUCGUGCCCCAGGAGGGGCUCCAGAUCCCCCUCGCGGAGGAGCGGGAGGAGGCGCAGGCGCCUGCGGGAGUCCCUGUGCCUCCAGACAGCGGGCGGCUGGAGGAGCUCACCCAGGACCUGGUGCAGCGGAGACAGGAGCUGUUAGGGGGUGAGGAUGCACAAGUGCCCCUGAUGGAGCCCAUCCACUUCGAGAAGGACAACAACAUCCACGUGGACUUCAUCACAGCAGCAUCCAACCUGCGUGCGGAGAACUACAGCAUCCCUCCUGCUGACUGGCUGACGAGCAAGCGGAUUGCCGGGCGGAUUGUGCCCGCCAUCAUCACCACCACGGCGGCCGUGGCCGGGCUGGCUUGCCUGGAGGUCUACAAGCUGGUGUGGGGGUGCCGGGACCCCAGCUGCUACCGCAACAGCAACCUCUGCCUGUCCGACUGCCUGCUGCUCCGCAUCCCGCCCUUGCCGCCCCCCACCUACUGGUACGGCGGGCAGGAGUGGAGCUGCUGGGACCGGCUGGAGCUGCGGGCAGUCAGCACAGACGGGCAGGAGAUGACAGUGCAGGAGGUGCUGGACUGGCUGCAGAGGACACAUGGCUGGACUGUGGCCAUGCUCCUGCGUGGCCACACCGUACUCUAUGACAGGGAGGAGGAUGAAGAGACACGGGCCCGGCAGCGGGCGCAGAGGUUAUCACAGAACCUGGAGAAUGCCGGGGAGCCACGGCGGCGGGAGCUGGAGCUGUACUACGUGUGCGAAGGAGAGGAUGCUGAGGCUGAAGAUGACCGUCCCCCGCUCCUCUGCUCCCUACCCUGAGUGAGGGGCCAGCACCCCCCGCCCCAUGCAAUAAA